AGAAGGACCGUCUUGCGCAUACGUGGUUGUUAAAGAAAAGGAGGGCAUGCAGCAGCUGAGACAUGUCUUUCUCGCUGAGGUGCGUGGGUCGCGGCUGUGUUUUUCGCCUCUUGUAUCCACUUCAAAGCGUACGUGCACCACAGGAUUCUCUGCCGCUCGUUGGACCUGCACGUGCGGCUUCAACAACUACGGCUUUCACCGUCAGUGCUUCCGCUGCAACAAGGCACGCGAUGACCUUUCGUCGUCCAAGCAGAUCUCGCUCGCGGCGCUGCUGGACGACGCCCAUGCUGACACAGCCACAGUGAAUGACGAACAGAGCAUCACGGCAGUCAGCACCCCCGUCGUUCCAGCAGAAGGGGUGUGGAUGUGUGCGGCGUGCAACACCUUCAACAACUCAACGCGUGGAGCUUGCGUGCACUGCGGAGAGGUGCGUCCUUCAGGGCGGCUAUCUGAUCGUGCAUCGGGGUCCACAUUAAUCCCUGAUGCGAGCAUCGCUGCGUCGUCACACAGGGCGCGACACCCCGCCGAGGCACCGCAGUCAUUCAAGCGGGGCGAUUGGUACUGCAGCUGCGGAGCCCACAACUUUGCGCGCAACACACACUGCAGAGACUGUCAAGCCCCCGCUCCGGUCCAGAGGAGGGCGGCGCUGCGUCACAACGCCAGCAGCCAGGACUGGGUGUGUCCCGCAUGUGACAAGUACAACUUCUCGCGGCGAACGGAGUGCAUGCGCUGCCAUCACUCGCGGCCGCCUUCGCAGAACAAUGAAGCGAAAGGCAGCGCAGCGACAGGAGCGGAGUCGCAGGGAUGGGUCUGCCAGGCGUGCCACUCGAUGAACCCGUCGGACUCCGCGUCCGGCUGUGUGAUAUGCGGGACCCCUAAGUAA